GCUAAUCUUCGCAAUGGCUCGCCCUGUUAAAUUCGCGGAAUAAAGAAAAUCUAAAUUUUUUGUUGUAACCGCUGCACAAAUCCACUAGGUUAAUAAAUCUCGUGUCAAAAAGAGGAUAUCUCGGCCAAUAGAAGUUUAACCGUCAUAAUUUGCUUUCGUCUCGUGUGUUCUUUAAGGAACGCGUCAAACGUUAACCUAGCAAAGGGAUGUCUAUCAUGGUACGAUGGCCUGGCGAAUCUACUCGGCCACUUUGAACAAGGUCUUUCUCUCUUCCGUAUCUUAAGUGUGCAAACUUUCGUCACUAGUGGAUUUACAUUAACAAACAUUGUCGAUAAUUGGUCAAGAAUUUUGCGCUUGAAACGAAUCAUAUCGUACAAUGAUUUCUUAUUAAAUCAACAUUAAGAAUCAACCUUAAUCUUCUGAAAGAGAUGAACCCUCAAAUUAUGAUUGUUACCAUGGUAGCCGCUGCUUCGGUUGCUUUUUUCGGAUUCCUUGCCUAUCGGAUCAGAGUUCGAUCGAACGAUCCAGAUUUAUUAAACGUAUUUCCAUUGGAAGACAACAGCUCCCUCGACGAAGAUCUCAAAGACAUUUUGGCGUUCGUCCCUAUAAAAGAAGUACAACGAAUCAUUGAAAGAUACAUGGAAUACGACCCCCAGAUCGGAGAUACCGUGAGCUUCGUGAACGACCAGAAGAGAUUCAUAUUGCGGGAGUUCCAGAACAUGCCUGAAGCAAACAAAUUGAUCAGUUUUCUACGACAGAAUGGUUUGGACGUGGAUUCCUGGCAAGAGAAGAUACGAUGCUUUUGGAAGACGUCUCCCAGGUUCAUCAAAUACGAUCCGAGUAUGGCAGCCGGAGGCCUGACCGUGAUGAUCAAUAAAAUCCUGGAGACCAUGCCUCUGGACGAGCUGCACGAACUAUUGCGACAAAAGGUGAAAUACUCGGCGAGCUUCCGCAGAUUUCUGUAUGAGUUGAGGUCCAAAGACUACCUGGAGUUUUGCAACGCGAUUGAGACCAACGAUGUGCUACAUCAUCACUAUUUCUGGGCGAAAGAGGGUGGACUAGAGAUCACAUUCGCGAUCGAACUAUUCAAUGAGCUGCACGCCUAUCUAACGCAGGCAUUAGUCACCUAAGAAUUGUCAUGAACUAUUAAUAAUCAUUAUUGAGUAAUAAACUGCA